AUGAAGCGUCUAAGAGUUGCUGUGGUGCAUGCACUCAUCCUCCAAUUAACCUGCGCCACUGAUGAGAUAACAGACACUCAUGGACAUGAAGCACCAGAAGCGCCGCACGCGGUCCUCUUCCCUUCCUUGACCUUGACCUUGGGAGUGAUAGUCUUCUAUGUUCUGUCAAGAUACGCCAAGGCUCUGCCCUAUACUGCCGUCAUGUUUCUCAUUGGAACCAUCAUGGGAAUCGCCACCGAAUUUUUAGGUUCCUACGAUCAUGUAGGCCAGAGCAUUCGCCUAUGGAUUGGGAUCAAUAGCGAAGUCUUGCUUUUGGUAUUCUUGCCCGGGCUCUUGUUCCGAGAUGCCAUGUCCCAGAAUGUGCACCUCUUUUGGCACUCCCUCUAUCAGUUAUUGAUCUUUGCCUUUCCCAUGGUCUUGGCGGGAACUGUCUUGACGGCUCUGGUGGCAUACUAUAUUUUCCCCUACAAUUGGCCCUUCAAUUUGGCCAUGGCAUUUGGCGCCAUCUUAGCGGCCACAGAUCCGGUAGCGGUGGCGGCGCUCUUGGACGAAGUGGGCGCUCCGCCUCGAUUAAAGAUUCAUAUUGCGGGAGAAUCUCUACUGAAUGACGGAGCUGCGAUUGUCUUCUUUUCUAUUUUCGUUGGCAGGUACUUUUAUGAAGAUUUGGAUUACAUUGGAGGGAAAGAUCACAGUGAAGACAUUGACCUGUCCCGAGGAGUUGCCAUGUUUUUCCAAAAGGCUCUGGGUGGCGCUGCAGUUGGCGUAUUUUUCGGCCUUGGGCAGCUCAUUUUGCUCUUUAUACUACAUCGCCGUGUGAGCCGUGAAGAGAAUAUUGUGCAAGUCACCUCCGUCGUUGGAAUGGCCUACCUCAACUUUUACACCGCUGACUAUGUCUGGCAUACAAGUGGCGUCAUUUCCACUGUAGUUGCUGGACUGAUUGUAAAGUUACUCGGCAGAGGAUCCAUCAAUGACUUGAAGUUGCUCGAAGAUUUUUUAUGUCUAUUGGAGCAUCUACUGAAUACUGUUCUCUUCGUGCUUGGGGGCAUUGUAUGGGGUGCAGUCGUUGCCACUGGCGAAAAGCUGGGAAAGUGGGGUGGGAUAGACUGGGCAUACCUCGCAUUGCUUUAUAUCAUGCUCCUUGUCAUUCGUGGGUUUCUCUUUGCACUUGUCUAUCCUGUGACGUCUCGCAUUGGUCUCAAAUCGGAUCCCAAGGAAACCCUCUUUCAAGUCUAUGGAGGAUUGCGUGGAGCCUUGGGCAUUGCGUUGGCGAUCGCUCUAGAUAAUGAAGUUGCUGCUUUGGCUGGAGGAAGAUUUGAAACCGAAGCGGAGCUACAUACUACUCAGGCCUUUGUGAUGGUUGGUGGGAUUGCCAUGAUGACCUUGGUAAUCAAUGGUAUUACAGCAGGCCCACUAUUGCGCAAGCUUGGACUUGCCGAUUCGACAGAUGCUCGAUCGAUGAUCAUUAAGACACUGCAAGUGGAGUUUCGAUCGCUGGCUAUCGAUGACUUUGUCCGUUUACUUGCUCAGCCAAGAUUCUACCAUACGGACUUUUCCUUUGUCAAAAAGCAUGUGCCAUUCUUGGGUGAUUUGACAAGGACGCAAUUUCUGGAUUCCGCGAGGAAGUACAAGAAUACACAUGGCUUGGACUCUGCCCCUCCUUUUCUCAAAAACAUUCUUCCGGACUUGGAGAAUGAUAAGACCCCAAGUCGCAUUGAAGAAGAGUUCAGCGAUGAAGAAGUAUUGGCGGACUUUGACAAUUACGUUCGCAAGAAGCGGUUGGAAUGUCAGUCAACAAAGGCGCAUAGACCAAUACAGAAUCGACGACAGUCCAGCAACGUGCGCGCAAUGAUGGGAGAAGAUGCCCUCUCAGCAAAGGAACUGAGGCUUCUCUUUGUCUCCAUCAUGAGAGCACAGUAUGAGAAACAAAUUUCCCGUGGAGAGUUGGAAAACGAGCACUUUCUUGCGAUUGCUCUGGACCAAAGUUUGGACUUUGCUUCUCACGACAUACACAAGGGCAGGCCAUUACAAGAUUGGAAACAUUUGACCGAGCUGCAUGAUCCUAUGGCUAGAUUGGAAGCACGGGCCAUGAAAACACUAAUGACCUUAUCAUGUGGUAGCUUGAAUGGCAAAAGAUCUGGUAAAAAAAUCUUGGGGUGCAAAGUACGGAGCGAAUUGCUUUUGAUUGAACGAGCCAUGGCAUUCAUGGCAGCACAUGAAGAAUCACAAAAGUUAUUCCACAACGAAAACGAAGAUAUGGAUAACAAACUGAGCAAACCUGCAAAGCGUGUCAUUCAAGAGAGUCUGGAACAAUACGCAUCGGCACAGUAUGCUUUAAAGCACUAUGAUAAACAGCUUGUUCAGAAGACAGCUUCGCGCAAACUUUGCAAGAUUCUUCUGAACCAGACCAUGUAUCACGUUGAAAAAUUUGUCCAUAUGGGGGCACUAAAGGAAUCAGAAGCCGAACACCUGAUUGAGGAGUAUUUGCAUUCUCUACAUGGAUUGCUAGAAAGUGAAGAGGAUGUGGUUCACCCAGAAGGAGUCGUGCAAGAGUUCUGCCCCACGCAAUCCGUAAUAAAUCCAGUGAUUGAAUCAAGUGCCCAACUUGUCAAAUUUAUGGAAAGGUUAUCGAGUGCUGUUGAUGACAAGAAUCGGAGUGCAAUGGUAUCAGUGAGAGAAGGGCCUGAAAGAGCCCUUUAUGACUCAUCGGCAGAAUUGUUGGUGGAAACAGAAGAAGAGGAUGAAGACAAUCGAAGCCGAGAGUUGAAAUAUUAG